CUUGAAGGGGGCGUGGCUUUUGGAGCCCAUGGCUGCAGCAGCAGGAGCGAUGCUGGGCGACCGUUGGGAUUUUGGCAACACAACGCAUACCGUCCAAAAGAUACCACAGGACCUGUUUGCAGAACUAUGUGAACAAAUUAUCUGGUAUCUGCAGUGCCGCAUCCCAGCAGUAAAUACAAUCCAACUAUGUCAGAGAUUUCAAGCAGCUGGAAUUGAAAUAACUGCUAGUGACUUGGCAAAAGUAGUUAAUGCCAUUUCUUUUGUAUUCAGCACAGCAGCAAAAAACAAACUGUCACCUGAAGAAUUGUCUACCAAACUAGGAAGCGCAGCUGGUAGCCUGCCAAAACAAGCGGUACAGGUUAUCCGGCAUGUAUGGAAUGAACAGGGAAGAGCUGUCAUGGAAGCAGAAGAUGCCAAAAAUGUGGUAGCUGUCGGACAGCUUAUUGAUUUUCAGUGGAAACUGGGAAUGGCAGUUAGUUCUGACAACUGUAAAUCUUUGAAAUCACCAUAUGUUACCAUGGCAGUAAAAGUGGCAGAUGCUUCAGGGCACAUUACAAGCAAAACGUUUGAAAUGACAGUCUCACAAUUUCAGAACUUCUACAGUCAAUUCAAGGAAAUGGCAAGCGUUCUUGAGAUGGUUUGAAUGACACCUCAGCAGUGAUCUGAAUCAAAUAAGCCCUUUAGUAUUUCUUUUGAAAGUUAAUAGGAUUUGUUAAGAAGAAAAACAUGGAAGUUGAUCAUCAUUCUAAUUUCCUACAAGAUAUUGGUGAUUUGUUAGAUAAUACCAAUGUGAAAGAAGACUCACAACCAAUCUAUAAAAACACUUCUUUUUAUUGACUGAAUUUCUAGAACGUCCUGCUUAACAGCAGAAGUAGGAAGCAGAUAGAACUGCGACUGUGCCUCAGAAAGUGGAUAUAUGGGCUACACAGGGUAUGUUAACUAAGAGAUAUUGGGAUAUAACUACCAAUGUUACACCUUUUGUUAAAUAUUUAGUGCUCUUUGUUUUAAAACUAAACUUAUAUACUGUAAUAUACUGUAUAACUAAUAUGUUACCUAUGAAAAAUGGUUUCUUGUACUGUAUAUUUUAGGAGCCAAAAUUCCAUUCUCCUACUAAGGAAUAUUGAAUCUAAUGAAUAAAAUAGUGGAAAACAUUUUUUAUUUCCAUUCAUUGCCUAUUGCUAAGUGGGGGGGGGGGGGGGGGGGUGCUUAGUAACAUUUAGGUUGCAUAUGUUAAUGAAUGUACCUACCUACAGCUAUAGGUAUCUCACACAGUAAUUUAGGCUCGAAUUCAAAGGUACACAAGGGGGUGUAGGAAUUAUUUAUGGCUGUUGUUGUUGCAAAUUCUGACUCAUCACUUUUUGAAGCAACCAAAAUAUCAAACAGCCCAAAUGAAGAGAAGUCAAUUAAGGCCAGAUGUAUCACCUCACCACCAUUUCUAUGGCCACCUGCAAACAGGAAAGUUUCCAUAAACCUCUGAGUAUCUGCAAGGAGUUGGACAGAAGGGGAAGCGAGGGUGAAAUCCUAGACAGGGAGCCACAAAAGAGAACAGCCUUGAUCUGACAAAUGCUGUUGAUACUUCUGGCAGUGAAGAUCAGUGGUGGUUCAGCAGAUCUGAAGACACAAAGCAGAACACUGCAGUCAUUCUUGAACUAGGCUAUCUAGCCCUUUGAAGAUCAAAACAGCACUUUGCCUUCAGCCUAGAAACUGUGGCAAACUUCCUAAUGAGGAAGUGAGUUUAAAAGCAUAAUUUAGGCAAAGACUACUCCCAGUCGAAAGGUUCUGAUACUAGCCUUGGCUGAGAGAUUAUACUGGACAGCCCUGCAAUUAUGAGCUCAUGACUACCACUGGAAGACUGGUUUGUUGCAAUAUCAAUGCGCUAUUUCAGGUUUAAUAAAGACCAUCCAGUGUGAGAUGCUGCUUGGGGCAUUUUUCUGUCAGAUGAUCCUCCUGUAUAGACACACGUGUACAUCUUAUGGGGGAGGGAAGUAAUUUGUGACCGUCUUUGUUUUGCUCAUUUUCUCUGUAACCAAGUGAAGUGUUAAAUUGAUAAUCAGAAAAACAACCGGCUUUUAGAAUGCAGUCAUUUUAUUUUCUCCUGUAUUUUAUCAUUUGAUGUGGCUAUGAGCAAGAGUUUGGAAGUCUUUUCUUUUGUUUGAGUUUCACCCACAGCUUGUCACACCCCCACAGCUGUUAAUCUUAAGUAUGGUUUGUGGGGAAAAGUCAGUGUUAAAGCAUGGUUUAUGCAACUAGCUUGCCUUAAUAAACUGCAGUUAAG